AUGUCCAUCCGAGUAUGGAAUUGGGACUAUGAGGACUCUACUGUUGAAGACCUCUGGCGGAUGGACUUGAUAGACCACCUAGUGCAUCUCACGAAACAAGAUGCUUCAGCAUAUCCUAUACUACACAAUGUCAGGUCUCUCAGUCUUGAAACUGCCGUGACCAACAUGCGACCUUCGGCGUUCUUUCAGCUUUUGAGCCGGUUGCCCAACGUUCGCCGUGUUUCAGCUGGAGAAAGUUUCUUCAUAGAACCAUUUGCACUCCGUGCCCUCCGCGAGGAAAGACAAUCACUUGUCCAUUGUCUUCCUCUAGUCCCGCCUUCGGUCGAGGAGUUCGAGUAUGAGAUUGCACCGGAUCGAGAAAUGUCGUGGACGCCAGUUGAUGAUGCAGCCAAUUAUCUGUCGGUCAGGGGGCUGGAUGAGCUCUCCAUUGCCUUUCGAACGCUCGCCAUGCGACUGAUAGUCCUUCAUCUGACCAAUGUACGGGUCAACAGUGAACUGUUCUGGGCGUCGCCUGAGGAAGACAGGGUCAUCGUUGAUACACUCAACUGGCCGGUGCUAGAGGUCAUUACAAUAACGAACACACCUCCAUAUACAGCAGACGGGAAAUGGAUUCUGGAAGUUGAUCCCAACAGAGAGCCAUUGAUGGAAAUGGCAGAUUUUGACAACGGAUGGAAUUACGAUGAACUGGGAUUUGACGCACGGGGACUGAUUAGAAGUGACGAAGUUGACAAGCUCUACUCGGCAAUGGGCAAGGCUGCCCAGAGAAUGCCACGUCUGAGAUACCUUGAGUUCGGGUUCCGUGGUGAAACCGGAGACUGGGAAAGCUUGAUAUUCUCUCGGAACCUGCAGACACGAGAGGCUCAUUUAGAAAUUAGCACCGAGUGGGAGUACGAUCUUGGAGACGAGGUCAUCACAGCCUGGGGCCUAGAGGGUGAAAAGGCCGAAGAAUUCCGGACAUACUGGUCGAUCGAAUUCGAUCACUGGCCUUCAGGAGAUACUGGCGUCGAAGAGGAGGAAAUCUCGGCACGUCCUAUCUGA